CUUGGCAUGUUGUUUAACGUUUGGCUGUCCUCAAAUGCGCUCUCUACAAACGCUACGCGAUCACUGAAAACGCUAGCGUUCGCUGAAAUCAGUAGAAGGCUAAAAGUUUUAUAACGUGUCUCCUGCAUAUAGUUUGUUUCGUGCACAGUGUUUUCGGUAAACAGUUUGUGAACAUUACAGCAGAGCGAGUUGCUUCAAACACCUGCUGCUUCUUCCUGGGGCGUCUACUCUCAUAUUCGUUACCAGGUUACAGCCUAGUGAUGGCGUAGGGAGUAAUGUAAUGUUGAGUCAAGGACUUCCCGUGCCAUACGGCUCGCGGUGGCACAUUGAAAACGAGUUGCACAGACGCAAUGCAAGUCGGGCUCCGAGUCCAAAUAACUGACAACCGCCUGCCAUUCUGAAAUAGAGUAGUUAUUCCAUUACGUCUUGUUAACUGUUUAAAAAAUAUAUAUAUUUGUCAAGUCAAUUUACGAUAUUGGCAGUCACAUGGCGUUCGCUUUCCGAAUGUAGUCUACUUUUGCAUAAUUCUCCGGAUAUCUACAAAGCACAGUUCAGCCCUUCAACAGUUCCAUACAAGGACAAAUGCUAUAGCUCUAGGGUGGACAGAGGUCAUCGCCCAAGGCUUCUAAGCAAGGCACCAUGGAGUUUCCCUCCGCGUACCCUUUCGCAGCUGCCUACGCUCAUGACAACAGGUCUGUCCUCGACCUUUACCCAGACCUGCCCAUGUUCCAGGCCCUGUUCAAUGACACCCUCAACGGCUCCUGCCUCUUCAACGACACCGGCUGCAACGGCACGACCCCGGCGAACCCCCAGGGGCCCAUAUCGGGGGUGCUCAUUCCGCUAAUCUACAUCGUGGUGUGCAUCAUUGGCCUAGGGGGCAACACGCUGGUCAUCCACAUCGUGCUGCACUACUCCAAAACGGAGUCGGUCACCAACAUCUACAUCCUGAACCUGGCCAUCGCCGACGAGCUCUUCAUGCUGGGCCUGCCCUUCCUGGCCGUGCAGGGCGCAAUGCACUCCUGGCCCUUCGGCUCGCUCAUGUGCCGCCUGGUGAUGACGGUGGACGCCAUCAACCAGUUCACCAGCAUCUUCUGCCUGACGGUGAUGAGCGUCGACCGCUACCUGGCCGUGGUGCACCCCAUCCGCUCGUCCAAGUGGCGCCGGCCGCAGGUGGCCAAGGUGGUCAACGCCACCGUGUGGCUGCUCUCCUUCACGGUGGUGCUGCCUGUGGUGGUGUUUGCCGGCGUGCACCACGGCCACUGCAACAUCAUCUGGCCGCAACCGGAGAGCGUGUGGCGGGCGGCCUUCAUCAUCUUCACCUCCAUCGUGGGCUUCUUCCUCCCGCUGCUGGUCAUCUGCCUGUGCUACCUGCUCAUCGUCUUCAAGAUCCGCAGCUCGGGCAAGAAGGUGCACGCCACGUCCACCAAGCGCCGCAAGUCCGAGCGCAAGGUGACGCGCAUGGUGGUGAUCGUGGUGGCCGUCUUCGUGCUCUGCUGGCUGCCCUUCUACGCGCUCAACAUCCUCAACCUGAUGGUGCAGCUGACCGGCGAGCCCAAGGGCCUCUACUACUUCGUGGUGGUGCUGCUGUACACCAACAGCUGCGCCAACCCCAUCAUCUACGGCUUCAUGUCCGACAACUUCAAGAGGGGCUUCCGGAAGGCCCUGUGCCGCUCCUCGCGCCGCGUGGACAACCACGACACCACAGACCAGCACCGCCGCCGCCAGCUGCAGGGGGAGCAGCAGCAGCAGCAGCAGCAGCAGCAGCAGCAGCAGCAGCAGCAGGAGGAGCAGGAGGAGCUGCAGCAGCUGCAGCGGCGGCGCCACAUGCUCAAGCCACGGGAGAGCCUGCGGAGGGGUGUGAGGGGCCACCAGGAGGAGGAGGAGGAGGACGAUGACGAAGAUCAGGAGGAGGUGACGGAGAUGACAGAGAUCUGUAAGAUCACCCAGAACGGAAACGGCAAUGUCAGCCGACAGCAGGCCGAGACCUCUUGUGCCCUGCUCUCCGACAAGGUAGCAGCCGCAGAGUUGUCGCACGAGUUGGUGUCUCCGGACGGGAGGGGGAUGGCGGCAGGAGACGGCGGCCCGGGGAAAGCCCCAGGCUUUGGGCCUCCGGUGGCCAUGCCGUCCUUACUUCAUGGAGCUAAAAACGGAAGUGUCAAACCACUCCCAGAGGAGCCAGUAGAGAAGAACACGCUUCUGGAGAUCAGCUACUUGUAGUGUGAAAACAGGCUACCGCCUUUCUUUCACUUGAAAUAGAUUUACAGUAUUAUUGAUUUAACUCCUCCUCAGCAGACUUGCAGUCUUGAACUUCUGCCAUUUUUUUCUGUGAUAGCAGAACAAAACAAACAACAAAAAAAAACACAUUCGGUUUAAAGGAGCUCAGUGUUCAUGUCAAGAUAUUUGUUGUGAAGCAGACUGAUCUCUCUCUUGGAAGUCAUUUCUCACUGCCUGACCUUUGAAUAUAUAGCAUAGUACAUCCAACUGUGACCAUUUGUGACUUCACAAGAUGAAUGAACGGUCAACUACACACAUGCACAGCACCAACGCACUGAGAGGACAAAACUCAACAGUAUGUGCAUAGCAUAUGCAUGUGCCUUUACCUUGAGUCGUCAUGGAGACCUUCAGCUGCUUCCCACUAGCCGACACUCCCGUAAUUGAGCAUUUCAGUGAUCUCAGGUAUGUCGAUUUUUUGACGCCAGGGGAGUUCGUUAUUUUCGAUAUCCCUGUGUAAAUCCAAACUAAGUGCUCACAAUCACUCUUACUACCCCUCAUCACCAUUUUCUCAACAAAAGAUGAGUAGCCAACAAAACAUGCAAAUGGACAGUGCGAACCAUUUUCUUAACAAGUUACCGACCAAAAAAAAUCAAAUACGUUUUAAAAGGUGGAUCUACCGAAUAGCGCAGAGCAGGUCUAAAAAUCCCUCAGAGACUCACAAAUACAUUUCUCAUUCCCCCGCCCCCAGCCGCAUCCAAAGUGGCGAGGGAGAGCUCUGCAAUCACCCGCAUUGCCUUCAAUCAGCACAAAUGAGGUGCAGCUGCACUUUGUUGAUGUGCCGAGUGUUUAGCGGCCCCGGUGAGGCCACAGCCACUUAACGGCUGAUAUUAGGCC